GUAAAGGAGAAAUGAAAUCUUUGUUGCUCAUAACAAUGCUUCUCUGCCUCUCAAGUGUGUUAGCCAUCAGGCAGAGAUACCCAACCGUACCUCCAAAUGAGGUCUUAGAAGAUGAAAGUAGUUUCAGUAACAUUAACGAGGUCAGGACGAACCAUUUCGAUCUUGCUGUAAUCAUAGAUUUUGAUAAUACUUUGAUUUAUGGAACACAGACCCUCCACUUUGAUGUCGUCGCUGAUCAUGUCUCAAAUGUAUUCUUAGAUGUCAGAGAUCUUCUAAUAUCUCAAGUAACUGAUGAUCAAGGAAGGAAUCUCGAUUUCCAAGUUCGAGCAGGAGUCAAUGAUGAACUUGGACAAAGAUUGGAGAUUACUCUUGCGGAUGAGUAUUCAUCCGGUUCUGCUUUAACCCUUACAAUAAACUAUGUUACAUCAAAAAAUCCUUCAGCUGUAAGUUGGCUUACUCCUGAGCAGACAGCUGGAGGCCAAUUGCCUUACAUGUACACUCAAUGUGAGUCUAUUCAUUGCAGGUCAAUUGCUCCACUCCAGGACACACCAGCAAUCAAGGCUACAUACACUUUCUAUUCACAAAGUCGUGAAGAUCUGAUUGUUAGAGCAAGUGGAAACUUAACUGAUGAAUAUGUCCAAGAUGGAGUCAGACACACCAAAUUUAUAAUGGAGAUUCCUGUUGUCAGUUAUCUUCUGGCUUUUGCUUCUGGAAAUUUAGUUGAGAGACAGCUAGGAUCAAGAACAUAUGUCAUCACAGAGCCUGAGCUUGUUGAAAAAUCUGUCAGUGAGCUCUCAAGAUUGAAUGAAGCAGUCGAAGCUGCUGAAACCUACCUGACUCCUUAUGAAUGGGGUGUCUACAAAGUACUCAUGCUUCCACCAUCAUUUCCUUAUGGAGGUAUGGAAAACCCCUUACUCACAUUUGCAAACUCUGGACUUAUCAACGGUGAUAGAUCUUCCUUCAGGCUCUUCGUGCAUGAGCUAUCCCAUUCUUGGUUUGGCAACCUUGUCACUAAUGAGAACUGGAGCAACUUCUGGCUUAAUGAAGGCUUCACCGUCUUCCUUGAAAGAAAGACCGAUUCUAUUCUGUUCGAUAGAAACACAUCUAAAGUAAGCUCCCAGUUGGGUAACUCUUCCAUGUACAUGCAGAUUGAAGGUUUCGGACUUGAUAGCAACUACACAAGCCUUCACCCAGACCUGAACGGGAACCAUCCAGACACGAGUAUCAGCGGUAUCCCAUAUGAGAAAGGAUUCCAGUUCCUAGUCUACUUGGAAUCCCUGGUAGGAGAGGAGACCUUCAGGUCCUUCCUACAGUCAUACGUCGACACAUUCUCAUACAAAAGUCUUGAGGUAGAAGACUUCAUCAGCUUCUUCAUUGAUUUUGUAUCCGCUGAAGUUGAAUACAACCAGGCAAGGUCGGUCCUAGACCAAAUAGAUUGGCAAACAUGGGUUUAUUCGCCUGGUUAUCCCCCUGUAACUGUCGAUUUUGGAACUGAUUCUUACGAUAAUGCUAUUAAGAUAGCUAAUGAUCUUGUCCAAAACACCUUUAGUCAAGAAGACCAGGAUAUUUAUGCAGAGUUCAACCUUGACCAGAGAAUUAUUGUUGUCAAUGAGAUGGUCAGGAGCACAGAUAUUUUAAUUGCAUCCGAUGUAGAAAGAAUCAACUCACAAAUUGAUCUCUCUAGUGAGACUAACCCAAGACUUAUCGCUUCAUGGUUGAUGGUGGCUAUUCCUACUGGAUAUGAAGCUUCUCCUUUCCCAAAUGCUGAAGCAUAUGUUGGAUCUCUAGGAAGGUACGCACUUAUCUCUCCAAUCUAUCAAGAAAUGAUUAAAGUUGACAGAGACGCUUCAUGGGAGAUUUUCAGAAGACAUGAGAAUUUCUAUCAUCCAAUUACCAGAGAGAUUAUCAGAGAUCUCCUAGUAGCCGAGGUAGACCCAAAUGCUCCUCCAAUAGCUGCUAUCUUCUAGUUCUUGUCUGAGUUCAACUAUCUCCAA